GGGGCGGCGCUUCAGUGGGGGAAAAGCAGGGAGAGAUAGAGCUAUAGCUGGGGUAUAGCUGGACUAAAAGUCAACUCUAGACUACUAGACUACUCUGCACUCCUACCUGGACCCUACAAGACUCUGAGGAACCAUUUCUGACAGACACCACCGAGGCCCUCUCCAAAAUGGCCAAGGUGUACAAGAAGACCAGUGGGAAUGGGGGACUCAGCCUCUACCUGGGAAAGAGAGACUACGUGGACCAUGUGACCAAGGUGGACAGCGUGGAUGGGGUUGUGAAGCUGGACCCCAAAGACUUCGGGAGCAGGAAAGUGUUCGUGCAGCUGACCUGCGCCUUCCGCUAUGGCCGUGAGGACCUGGACGUGAUUGGCCUGUCGUUCAGGAAGGACAUCUGGUACGAACAGAUCCAGAUCUACCCUGAGAGCCACCAGCCCAAGCUGAGCAUCAUGCACGACACCCUGAUGAAGAAGGCCGGGGACAACGCCUACCCGUUCACCUUCGACAUUCCCAACAACCUCCCUUGCUCGGUCGUUCUGCAGCCAGGACCGGACGAUAAGGGCAAGGCCUGCGGCGUGGACUUUGAGGUGAGGACGUACCUCGCCAUGGAGGCCGACAACCCAGAUGAGAAGAUAGAGAAGAAGGACACCGCUCGGCUCAUCAUCAGGAAAAUCCAGUUUGCCCCGGACCUGGCGGGGGCCGGACCCAAGGCCGAGCUCCGCAAGAACUUCAUGAUGUCGGACAAGCCCAUCCAUCUAGAAGCCUCCAUGGCGAGAGAUCUCUUCUUCCACGGUGACUCCAUCCCAAUCAAGAUCAAGGUCAACAACGAGACCAGUAAAACGGUCAAGAACAUCAAAAUCACGGUGGACCAGGCCACAGACAUCAUCCUCUACUCCGCAGACAAGUACACCAAGUGUGUCCUGAACAAGGAGUUCAGUGAGACGGUGGAGGCCAACGGGACCCUGGAUAAGACCCUCUGCAUCACCCCUCUGCUGUCAGACAACAAGGAGAAGAGGGGACUGGCACUCGACGGACGGCUGAAGGACGAAGACACGAACCUGGCCUCCUCCACCAUCUUAAGGGCAGGCAUGGAAAAGGACGUACUGGGAAUCAUGGUCUCUUACAAGAUCAAGAUUCACCUCAUUGUGGCCGGAUCAGGCUUGCUGGCUGGACUCACUGGAAGUGAUGUUGAACUAGAACUGCCGUUAAUCCUCAUGCAUCCAAAACCCACAGUGUGUAAGUAUCAACAUUAUUGUAUGAAACACUUCCUCCUACUUGUAAAUCCUCCCUGUGCAGCGACUCAUUCAUGAUUUAUUGGUGCUAUGGGCCUUCUUUACCUAAGCAGCCAUCUUGGUUCCAUCUUUGUCCUGAACGCUAGCUGGCUGGUAGAACUCAAUGGGGAGCCCUGCAUUCAGGUGGCCCUAAACUCAAGAUGGCCACUAGGUGUUUAAGUUCUUCAAGAUGUUACAUUAUGUUUCCCUGUGUCUUCUCACUCUGCAGAGUCAUGGAGGAGAAUAAUCAAAUGACCCUCCAUUGUUAAGAAAGGAUGCCAACCUGGCAGAGAUAUAGGUGUGGAAGAAGGCAGAGGAAGACAAAGGAAGAGGCAACGAGAAGAACACUAUAAUGUCUAUUUUUUUGUAUGGAAGAUGUACGAGUUUGAUGUAAUUAAACCAAAAUGACCGAGUGCAAUUACUGAAUACACUAUUCUACACGUUCCACAAGCUUAUUCAUAGUUAUUUACAGAAUUGAUGUUAUUCUCUCACACACACACACACACACACACACACACACACACACACACACACACACACACACACACACACACACACACACACACACACACACACACACACACACACACACACACACACACACACAAUAACAGUACUUCCUGUGUGGCUAGGAUGUGAGCAGCCACUGCUUAAAGAAGUGAGCUUACAGCUCUCAUUUGCAAAGAGGUUGUAUGAGGGACUAUUAGUUUGCACUUGCACACAAAAGAUGUUGCACUGAAUAUCCUGCUGUUUUAUACGACCAACACACUCUACGAACUACCACUCAACGGCAGUGUCGUUAAUGUGAAUGAAAUAAAAUAAGUUUUAUGUAUUCA